ACAAAUGCAAGUGGACAGGCACAACAUUCUCUGGCAUGGGGGGGUCAUGUUGGUACAGUGUGUACUUGUUAGUGGGUGACUCACUGUAUUUGGACUCUUGGGUGGCCACUGAUAUUCACUUCAUUUUUUUAAUGUGUAUAUUUUUCCUCUCAUUGGUAAUUGUUGGAUUGUGACGGAUGCUGAGUGCUGCUUGCCAGAGCUGAGGUAAUGUGUGGUGUUCCAAUAAUGCAUCUGUGUUCUGUGAUGUGAAGUGAGGAAAGCAGCCUGUAAUUACAGGAAUAAUCAAAAUUGUCAGGGGCUCUUUAUGGGCAGUUUUGUUUACUCUCUGCUUUUCAUACCACCACAGGCUGCUGUCCCUCCACUUUCCAAAGCUCGGCCCUUAGGACCCAAAAGAUCGUGAACUUUACCUGUCUGUGUCUGUGUAAAUAUUUAAUUAAACCUUUAACCUGUUAACCAUUUAAAGGUCUGUAUAAUUUACAUUUCUUUAACAGUUAGUGUAACCCCACUGUUAUUUAUUUGACUGCGGAUUGGAACUAUGCAGUUGAUUUCCAUCACCUCAGGAUGGCAGCAUUUCUGUGUGUUUUUAGGGGAAACCCAGGCUCCAGGGUUACCUGAGUUGUUACCAAGCUCCACACGACAGGAUUUAUACAUGGAAUUUAUUUCAGCAGGUAAUUUUGACCAGAAUGGCCAAUGUGAAAAAAUUUGUUUGGUUCCAUGUAUUUGCUUCUCUACCGGUGGAAAUCUCUUAAUGCAUUCAAUAGAAUUACUACUAGAUUUAUAAUAUAAUUCAGACGCGACUACUGUCACGUUAUUUUAUGUCGAUGACAAGACAGACAUGACACAGACGACAGUGUUUAUUGAUAUAAGCCAAUACAUGACCAGGGUGAUAUUAACAAUAUUUGCAUUGUGUAAAACAGGCCUGCAACGACAUAUACACAGAAGAAACGUCUGUGACUGCGUCCAUUUAUUUUAGAGUAAUUACAGGUGCUGCAGACAGACAACCCUCCGCUGUGUACGUCUGAGCAGCAAAACAACCCUGAUCCUGGAUCAACAUCCCGGAUUUCCAUCACACCGCUUCGUGAACGCAGUCGCUACGGUGAUCAAAGAGCAUAAACUAGACAGAGGUCUCACUCUCUCUACAAAUUCGAUUUCUUGUGGCCAUCAUUUAAACAUCUACAAACAAUAGCAUAAACUAUUGCAAAUGUCAAAAUAUUGUACACGGACUUUAGUUGGAUCAGUGGCCGCUCACCACAAUAACCCCACUGACGUGAGUGUAGAAAAGGGAUGAGUCAGUGGAGACUUGCUCUGUUGCCAUCGGCGGCAGAAGCAGUGUGCUGCUGUAAAUAUCGCUUAAGGGUUACUCGGUUCACAAUGUUAUAACCAUGCAAAGAUAAAAUCUACUCUUUUAUGAUUAGUGCCAGACUAGUCACUAUGGUAACUACUCUUUUGUGGCGCCUGGGCUGCGUAAGAGCGACGCCCACCUCCACAGACUGAAAGGCGGGACAGAAGCCCGAGUGGUUCAUCUUUUUAAAUAGAGACGAUCUCUGUACACGGCGCCGUGUUUACAGCGAACGCGGCAGACUGCGCGAGGGAGACUGUAUGUGUGUGUACCUGCACAUUAAUCUGUCUGCCCACGCUAUCGCUACCUGAACGACCAUCAUCGACGGAAGGCAUUAGGCUACAAGUGGAAUUGACCCGAACCGGACCAGUAGAAGGCGCAUAGUCUGCUUUUUUCCGUUGAUGGAAGGUGAAUUACGGCCACCACAACAACGCGGUGUGUGCGUGUGCAUGAUGAGCGGCUGAGGUGGAGGAGGAGGAGGAGAAGGAGGCUGCAGUCUAAAGCCAGAUUUUAUCCUGAAAUUUCGAAACACACCUCGCGUCCUCCACACGCGGCGGUUGUGUAUCACGCUAACAUGCCUCUGUGCGUUUCCCGCCGCCUCUUUCCAUCUCAGUUGUGAGCGGGUUGGACGCGUCGUCCGCCUCCCGAGGAUCCUUCGGCAGCGGGACGUUGAGCGUUUUUCCUCCAGUUAUGGAGCGUGAAGAUGUGGAUUACAGAGGAAUCCCCGCCGCCAGUGUUGCCGCAUUGCUCUCGCCACACACGUCCACGCGCGGCCGUUUUUGGCAGGAAUAAACAGAACUAUGAAUGCGCGUUAUCUGGCCAGAGGAGUAAAUCGGUGAUUUUUUUCGGGGGGGCUCAUUAGCAAACGUGAGCGAGAGCUACCCCGCUAGCCUGUUUGCGGUAGCUAUUAGCUCCAUUAGCCGGCUAACGGCUACGAGGCUGCGUUUACUGGCUGGAGAUUAAAAAGCGUUGUGACAAUUCAAACCGGGCUCCGCCGACCUUCUCCCCCCGCAACGUAUUUAUUUGCAGGGUUUUGGGCAGGAUCCACGUCUCCAGGAAUGAAGUCUCGAGCGGGAAGCAGCCGCUUGACCUUGUUUUGGGGGCUGAUGCUGGGUCUGUCGUCCUGCCUCCGGCCCGCCACCGCAGAGAUCUGUGGCCCCAGCAUUGACAUUGGCAAUGAUAUCAGUGAAUUUAGGCAACUGGAGAACUGCACAGUGGUGGAGGGCUACUUGCAGAUCCUUCUCAUUAAUGACAAAAACAAUAAUAACGCUAACCAGGAAAUCUUCCGCUCUCUCAGUUUCCCUAAACUGACCAUGAUCACGGAUUACCUGCUGCUGUUCCGGGUGUCCGGCUUGGACAGCCUGAGCACACUCUUCCCCAACCUCACUGUCAUCCGCGGACGUAACCUGCUCUACAACUACGCCUUGGUGAUCUUUGAGAUGACCAGCCUGAAAGACAUCGGCCUGUACAACCUGAGGAACAUCACUCGUGGCGCGAUUCGCAUUGAGAAGAACCCUGAGCUCUGCUACCUGGACUCGAUCGACUGGUCCCUCAUCAUGGAUGCUGAGUUCAACAACUACAUAGCGGGGAACAAGCAGUCCAAGGAGUGCAGCGAUGUUUGUCCAGGCAUCAUGGAGAAAAGCCCUCAGUGCAGGAAGACCAUAUUCGAGAACAACUACAACUACCGCUGCUGGAACUCCAAUCACUGUCAGAAAGAAUGCCCUGAGAAGUGUGUGCGCCGAGCGUGUACAGCUGAUGGCGAGUGCUGCCACCCUCAGUGUCUGGGUAGCUGCACAGUCCCUGACAGUGACACAGCAUGCGCCGCGUGUGUGCAUUACUACCACCAAGGGCGGUGUGUGGCCGUCUGUCCUCCUGGCACCUACAAGUUUGAGGGCUGGCGCUGCAUCAGUGCCGAGCUUUGCUCCAGAGUCCACCUUCCCGAGUUCGACAGCUUCGUCAUCCACGGUGGGGAGUGCAUGCCCGAGUGCCCGUCGGGGUACACGCGCACUGCGCCAAACAGUAUGUUCUGUACAGCCUGUGAUGGUCUGUGUGAUAAAGUAUGUGAGGAGAAAGUGAUUGACUCAAUGGACGCCGCUCAGUCUCUGAAAGGCUGCACUGUUAUCAGAGGCAACCUGCACAUCAACAUCCGCAGAGGAUACAACAUGGUGGCCGAGCUGGAGAGUUUCACAGGUCUGAUCCAGAGGGUCACUGGUUAUGUGCGAAUCAGGCACUCCCACACGCUGAGCUCCCUGGCCUUCCUCCGCAGCCUCAGAUACAUCGAUGGAGAAGAACUGCUGGACGACACGUACGCCUUCUCUGCAUUCGACAACCAGCAACUCCAGUAUCUUUGGGACUGGAAGCAGCACAACCUCACUAUCAAAACAGGAAAGCUGUUUUUCAGAGCCAACCCGAAGCUCUGCACGUCCGAGAUCCGCAAAAUGUGGGACAAGACGGGCAUCCAGGGCCACUUUGAUGAGAGCGAUUUCCGAAAUAACGGCGACAGAGCCAGCUGUGAAAGCACCAUCCUGGAGUUCAAGUCCAAUACCACCAGCAGUACAAGGAUCAAACUGAUCUGGCAACGCUACCGACCCCCAGACUACAGAGACCUUAUCAGCUUUAUUGUCUACUACAAGGAGGCGCCAUUUCAAAACAUCACAGAGUUUGAGGGGCAGGACGGUUGUGGCUCCAACAGCUGGAAUAUGGUGGAUGUGGAGUUGAGGCCGGACAAGGACUCAGACCCCGGAGUUCUCCUGUCUGGCCUGAAGCCCUGGACACAGUACGCCAUCUUUGUCAAAGCUAUAACACUCAUGGUGGAGGACAGACAUAUGCCCAGUGCUAAGAGCAAGGUGGUCUACAUCCGCACAACCCCUUCAGCUCCAUCCAUGCCUCAAGAUGUGCGAGCGUACUCCAACUCGUCUACACAGUUGGUGGUGCGUUGGUCACCUCCUGUCUCACCAAAUGGAAAUCAGACUUACUACUUGGUCAGAUGGCAGCAACAAGCAGAAGACAGGGAGCUGUACCAGCACAACUACUGCUCAAAGGAGCUGAAGAUUCCCAUAAGGAUAGCUGCCAUAGGUGUGGGAGACCAGGAAGAGGACACCAAACCCACGAAGCCAGACCCUGAGGGGGCAGAUAAAGGCCCUUGUUGCCCAUGCCCCAAGUCAGUGGAGGAUCUGGAAGCUGAGGCUGCAGAUGCCUCCUACCGAAAAGUCUUUGAAAACUUCCUGCACAACUCAAUAUUUACACCGAGGCCACCAGAUCGUCGCCGUAGGGAUCUGUUUGGGGUUGCCAAUUCCACUCACUCCCGGCGCAAUCGGCUGCGCACAAACAGCAGCACUGUGCCCCCUCUCCAAGCGGCUGGCAACAACAACAACAACAACAACAGCAGCAGCGGCGCGGCUGGCCUGGAGCCUGUGGUCAGAGAGUUUGAGUUUGUGGAGCAAUCGGUGACGGAGCGCGAGCUGCAGAUCUCCAACCUGCAGCCGUUCACGGUUUACCGGAUCGACAUCCAUGCCUGCAAUCGUCAGGUCCAACGCUGCAGCGCUGCGGAGUUUGUCUUCUCCAGAACCAAGCCAGCAGAAAAGGCUGACGACAUACCAGGCUCAGUGACCUGGGAGGGUCACGAGGACUGGGUGUUUCUGCGCUGGCUAGAGCCACAGCACCCGAACGGUCUCAUCCUGAUGUACGAGAUCAAAUUUAAACAGGCUGCUGAGACUGAGAAGCACGAGUGUGUCUCUGGUCAGACGUACCACUCCCUGCGUGGUGUUCGUCUGUCCAACCUCAGUCCAGGAAACUACUCGGUCAGAGUGAGAGCCACGUCACUGGCUGGCAACGGCUCAUGGACACAGAGUUUGGAUCUUUAUGUGCCUGAGCGAUAUGAAAACGCCCUCUACGCCAUGAUCUUUAUUCCGGUCUGCAUUGUCCUCCUCAUCUGCUUUUUUAUUGCACUGCUGGUGAUCCUUAACAAGAAAAGGAACAGUGACCGGCUUGGAAAUGGCGUCCUUUAUGCCUCAGUCAACCCAGAGUACUUCAGCGCCGCGGAAAUGUAUGUUCCAGAUGAAUGGGAGGUGGCACGGGAGAAGAUCGCCUUGAACCGCGAGCUUGGCCAGGGCUCGUUCGGCAUGGUUUAUGAAGGCCUGGCGAAGGGCGUGGUCAAAGAUGAACCAGAGACUCGUGUUGCCAUCAAGACUGUCAAUGAGUCGGCCAGCAUGAGGGAGAGAAUAGAGUUCCUGAAUGAAGCUUCCGUCAUGAAGGAGUUUAACUGUCACCAUGUGGUUCGACUUCUGGGAGUGGUCUCGCAGGGCCAGCCCACUUUAGUCAUCAUGGAGCUGAUGACGCGGGGAGACCUGAAGAGUUACUUGCGCUCCCUCCGCCCGAAAGAGCAGUGGUCGAGUCUGUCUCUCCCGCCUCUGAAAAAGAUGCUACAGAUGGCUGGACAGAUCGCCGACGGCAUGGCUUACCUCAACUCCAACAAGUUCGUCCACAGAGAUCUGGCAGCCAGGAACUGCAUGGUGGCUGAGGACUUCACUGUUAAGAUAGGAGAUUUUGGCAUGACCAGAGACAUCUAUGAGACCGAUUACUACCGCAAAGGUGGGAAGGGUUUGCUGCCAGUCCGCUGGAUGUCACCCGAGUCACUGAAGGACGGAGUCUUCACCACAAACUCUGAUGUCUGGUCCUUCGGGGUUGUGUUGUGGGAGAUUGCUACUCUGGCCGAGCAGCCGUACCAGGGUCUCUCCAAUGAGCAGGUGCUGCGCUUCGUCAUGGAAGGAGGCCUGCUGGAGAAACCGCAGAACUGUCCCGACAUGCUGUUCGAGCUGAUGCGAAUGUGUUGGCAGUACAAUCCUAAAAUACGUCCAUCCUUCGUGGAGAUCAUCAGCAGCAUAAAGGAUGAGCUGGACGCGUCUUUCAAAGAGGUCAGUUUUUUCUACAGUGCUGAUAACAAGCCCGCCGAUGUGCCGCAGCUCCACCUGGACAAGAUGGACAACAUCGAUGGCGUUCCCCUGGAUCCCCCUUCAUCCACACAGACCCAGCAAAACCCAGUCCCCCUACAGAACCCUCCCUCCCCCUCCUCAGACACUCCACCUGCCCCGUCGCUAGCCCCCAGCUCCCCGUCCUCUCCCUGUACUUCGACAGCUGGUGUGGACAAGCAGCCGUCCGGCCACCAGGCCGCCAACGGGCUGUCGGGGCCAGGUCCCGUGGCAGGUUCAGGUAUGGGGACAGGCACGGGUGCCACAGUGCGGUCGUCUCUGGAGGAAUUACCGCCGUAUGCGCACAUGAACGGAGGACGCAAAAACGAACGUGCCAUGCCCCUCCCACAGUCCUCUGCCUGCUGAUGGCACAGCGACACCCACUAGACUGGACUGCAAACCCUGCCACCUGCUGCUCUGCAGAACCUGAUGUCACAAUUAGUGGGAUCUCUUUCUUUUUUUUUUUUAUUGUUAUUAAUGAAACACAGUGAAACUAUGUCCACCCACCGGGAUGUGGCUCUUCAGAAAGGAGACUGUCAAAUGAACAUGUCUGUUGGUCCAUGUUCUGCUGUAAGUCCUCACACUUUUUUUUUCAUUAUUCUACUGGUAUUUUACUACUUUAUGGUUUAUACCAGCUGGCUGUCAGACGUCACUCUGCCUUUGCUGUUAGGUAAGCUAAGUAGGAAGACCAAAAACAAAACAUAAAGGAAAUUGAAUAUCAUUUGCGGGAGAUCUUUCUCCUUCUUUAUGGCUGGGCUUACUUUAUAAAUUGUUUGUUCAUGUUCGUUCAUGUUUUCAGAUGAGGCGUUUUUGGGGGGCAUUAUGGUGUAACUGUCGAGCAUAGCUAAUGGGAAAGAAAAAGCACUUCGGAGGAGUCAGCGUCUCCAUUGGCUGCAGACUGGGAGUCAGCAUUAUAUCGGUUCAACGGCCCGUCUGCUAAAAUAAACAGCCAGAGGGAAAAAGAUCAAAUCUGCCAAAUUUGUUGCCAAAAUAUUACCUUUUCAGUUUUGUUUUCUACAGUUCCUUCCUGUUAAUAAAACACAUCACAAUGAAAAUGCAACCAAAAACAGCCCUUUGACCAGUUAGUGGAGUUCUUUAAACCUGAUCGAAGGGAUUUUAAUUUCCCUCCAUAGUCCAGAACCACGCUCCUACUGCUUUUUUGAUCUCGACAGCUAUUUUACUAACAUUGUAGAUCUUGCUUAUGUGGCUCUAUGUGUACAUGAGCUACAUCUAGUCACAGUGUGCUGUUCUGUGACGGGUUAACUGUUAAAAGGUCAACUUCAAAGGGAGGGAGCGGAGGGAGGAGCAUAAAGAAGCGAAUAUGACAACUGGCUCUCUAUCACGAAAGGUUUGUUUUGAACAAACAAGUAUUUUUUUUAGACUAGUCAUUAGUCUCCAGUGUUUCCAACAUCUGUAUGUGGGCAGAGCAUUUAUGUACACACCAGUUGUUUAUGCCACUUUUCUAACUUUUAUACUGUUGGAGACAUUCAUUAUGUACAGAAAGAAGCUGCUAUUCUUUAUUUCUUUUGUGGUUGUAAUAUAGGUAAUAUCUAUAUAUAAAAAGAGAAGAAAUGCUUCAGGUUGGCUCUAAAAUGUUUCCACUAUAGUCCAUUUUUAAUGCUUGUAAUAGUGUAAAAUGUAUGUGAGCUGGUUUUCUUCAUUAAGGGUAAAACAGUAUGCUUUGCAUUUCCCUCCCAUCUGACUACACGACUAUGAUGGCGCCAGUGACCAUUGAUGUUCAAAUUCAACUUCUGUCACUCUAGGGUGAGGCCCAGUGUCACUGUGGAGUCCCAACUCAAUCUCAGGUCAAAGAGAAAGUUAAAUCCUUUUCUACUUUCCUUUUUUGUGCAAAGAGGCAUCUUUUCAGUGUGGCUCACACCAUGUCCUUCUCUAACUCUGGUAUUGCGCUUCCUUUAGCCUUUACAUUACACCAGUCUGAAACCGGAAUGGGGUUUAACAGGUUUUAUUGGGAUCUUGCACUUUUCUGUGGAGGCUCAUCACUGACAAAAUGUAGUUGGCUGGUUAAGUCAAUUCAAAAAUAUUACAAAGGUCAUGAUGAAAUUGAUGGAAUAAUAAUUUAAUUUAAUAUUGUAAUAUUGCAUUAAAUUAUAUUAAGUUAUUAUUUUUAAUAUUUUAUGUUUGGUAUUUUAGCUGGCUAUCUAGCUAAGGCUAUAUUUCUCAACCAUUCAUGUUAUAUUAUUUGUAAUCUGUGCUGCAUACUUUUGCAUCAGGCUCUAAAUUGCUGCAACUAGACAUGGCUACUGACUAACAUAGCUGCCUGUGCUGUGUUGACAUGAAAGAUGUGAGUAAAGGCAAAACAUUUAAAAAGGAAAAAUGAGGAUUAAAGAAAUAGGUUUAAAUAAAAUAUGUUGUAGGAAUUAUUAGUAUUAAGUUUUUUUGAUGCAUUGUGUAUAUUUUUUUGACUUGUCUAAAAACCGUUUAUUACAUUUUGUCAAUUUCAUGGCUCCAUAUGUUGUGUGUAAAAACACUGGGUUUAAGGUACAAGGCAAAUGCAAAGUAGAAUUGAUUUAAUGUAGCAGCAGGUCCUAGCAAUGGGAAGAUGCAAAACCCACUUAGGAGAAUUUCACUUUCUGCUUAUGUCUUUCUUUAAUCAAAAGGGUUUUUUGUGUAAGCUUUUGAAGUGAUCCACCCCUACCACCCUACAUAUCAUGUAAGAUCCCUGAAAGGAAGUUCUGUUGAAACAAAUGGAGCGACAUCCUAAAGCACUAAGGUAUGAUUUUAAUGCUUUAAGAAAUAUGACCAUGCAACCCCAUGUCUUCUCCUGAAUAUGUUCUUUGCGAGACUUCUCUACUGCACCCAGAAUAAACCCAACAAACUAUGAAUAUGAUCAGAGGACCAUUAGAUCUUAUAGGCUCAUUCACCUCAAAGUGUUGCAUUUGGAUCCCAGAUGUUUCCUGGUUAUUUAUAUAAUUUUUUGUGAAGUGUAUAUCACUGUACAAAUUCCCCACAACCCCCACCCCCCCCGACAUUUUGAUGUCGCUUUGCUAUUUUAGGGGAGAUUUUAUUUCUCUAAUCCAUCCAUCUACCUCACUGUUUUUUUUGUUUUUGUUUUUUUUUUUGUUUAGUUUUAGUUUUUUUUUUGUUGUUUUUUUUUUGUUUUUUAAAAUCUGUAUAUGUGUACCGAUAAACAAAAAUUGUCAUCUCAGUUGUCCCGCUGUUUUGAUGGUCUUGCUGACUGCUUUUAAUAUGGUCGAACUCAAACCACAAACCAAACCAUCCUGUGUGGGGAGGGGAGUUCAUGGGGCUCAGUAGUGAGUUCAAUAACAAGUCAUUCAGGCGGCUGUUGUGUGGUUUAUUUCUUAGCUGGUGUGUGAGGAGCUUGUAUGACCAUGGAUAAAAGGAAGGAAGUAGAGUCAUGCUGUGACAGGCCGGUGAUGUGUUUCUCUCUUGUUAAACCUCCUGACCUCCACACCUUUCCCUUCUCUAUUCGACAGCCCCAGUUUGUGCCUCUUGUGUGAUGCAUUACAUUUCAGUCACAGAAACACAUUAAAAGCCCUUCUACAUAUCCUGCCACCAAGAUGUUCCCUCGACUUCCAAGUGGUUGGAGUGGAUCCUUAGCUUUGUGUCUAGAAUACAAUAUGAGAAAAGCGCUACCUGUGUAAAGGUGAUGUUAUAAGAGGAUAAUUGGUGGGAUCAAGCUGUCUGUAAAUGGAAAGUUCAAACAAAGAUGUUUUUGUGUGUCUAGUGUACAUCUGUCAACCAGAGUACAGCUGCUGUGUUCUAGCAAGAAUUAAGAUUCAAAACCGUUGCUGCGCUGUUAAUAACUUGUCCGGUUACCUGGCAGGCUAAUAGGCGUUCCUUACGCACUCUCAUGGUUUGUUACAUUCGCCUGAAGCGGUUCCCUUCCUAAUGUACCAGGUAGAAAGGAAGCCAUUCACAUGUAGACAACAUCUGGUUUCAUUCAGGCACUUUAAUUGGGACCCGAGAGCUAACUAAUGACCUGGUCUAGUUGCUAUGGAAACACCUCUAGUAACUGAAGUAAUGUGUUUAUAUAUAUUAUUUCCUCUUGAUGUGGUGCAUGACAGAAUAUUGAGGUUCUUCACUGCCGUUACAAGACUUUGGUGCCAUGGUGAUCAUAAUCCCAGUAAAUAGCAUCCUUUGAGUAUUUUUUCCUUGGUGAUCUUCUGGUUCAAAGUCCUCUUCCUACAGCAAACUAAUCCCUUUGUACUGAUGUAAUGAGGUCAGGAUGGUUAUUUCCGUGUUUGUGGUUUGAUGUUUGCCUCAUUUUUUUCCCCCACUGUAACACCUCACAGAGCGGACAUAAAAUCAAACCAGUUGUUUUUCUCUUUUUGUUACAUUGGUGGUCAAUUUGUUAGAGUUUUUUUUACAGAGUGUAUAAAUUAUUCAUAGCCUUCCAGCUCCUGCGUUUCUAUUGGAAUGAUCUUCUAGACUGAGGUUUCAUUUGGCUUUCUUUUGUACAUGCUGUUGUAAGAUUUUUUUUUCUUAUCAAUAUAUUCUGACUACUGGCGAAACUGAUUGGCUUAAGGAAAAUAGAAUGUGUUUUCUGAUUCUUUUUUUUUCUACACAAGAUUUAAGAUGAAUAAAAAUGUAUGCAAACUCU